AUGACCACUCCUCGCAAAGGACACUUCUCGCCCUCUGCUAUCAGUAGUUGGGCGCGGAACACCAGUCCUCCACCCAUGGCCGACGAUAUUCGCAUUGAGUGUUUUCGUCGCCGCUGCGGUGUCGGCCGGACUCCACCUCACAUGUACCCUCCCUCACUUCAUCACGAUUUCUGCACGAGCGUCAAUGAUCGCAACGCGGUUUGGGCAAACUUUGUUCUGGACAUCAAUGAUGCGUACUUGUCCUCAUCUCAUUGGUUCACUAAGGUUGCUGCCAUGUCUCGUUUGACCGAUGGCGUCUUUGUCGGUUUUGGUGUGAGGCCAGAGUGGGACCCUUCAAAGCCAGUUGAUCCCUCGCAAAUCAACGUCCAAACCUUCGCCAGCUACCACUCUGACAAACCACGUGUUCGAGCCGCCAUCACCCAGUUGGAGAACAUCAUCCGGGAGGAGAUUGCGGCUGAGCACAUCAUGACAUUCGGUGAGAGAUUACAUACGGUUAGUCCUGGCGCUGGUUAUCUCGUCCAUCCUUCACGCUCCUCUUCCCAACCACUCCCAUCCUCCCGACCGCCGCCACCGUCCCAUCCACCACCUCUCUCGGCGCCCCCUGCUCCUGCAGUCCACUCUACCCCUGCAGCUCCCCCUACUCCUCUGGUUCCUCUCACUCCCGCUGCAAGCCGUACCUUGUCGUCCCCUCCCUCAACUCGCUCCUCCCGCACGCUAUCUUCCCAACGGCUUUCCACGGUGGACUCCCCUUCACCCACUCCUGCCCCAACAACACCCUCGAAGCCCAGUCGUUCCCUGCUUUCACUACCCCCGCUCCCCUCACGGUCCACGCCCGAGCCAUCGACAAAUGCCAGUAGCUCGAGAAGGCGAGGUGCUGAGGCAGGCACGUCUCGAUCAGCCCAGUCAGAUCUACAGGCUCCUGAGCCAUCCUCACCGUUCAGCGUUUCAACAAGCUCCUCUCGGUCAUCCCUCUCGACUCGGUCUGGUACUUCACUGUUCCGCCCGCCCGAAAGCCCUUGCACGCCUCUCGCACCUUUUGACUCUCCGGCACUCUUCUCCAGUUCCCUCCCUUCUGUUUCUAAACCUUCUCCCCCGCCUCCUUCGCCAUCGCGACCUCCGCGUGCUCGUUCCACAGGCAAAGGCAAGGAGAAGGCAUCGAAAGCCCCUGAGUCAUCGGAUGACGGCACGCUGUCGCCUGCGGCUGUGCAGUAUAUCGCCGACCUCGGGUUGAGCCGCCGUACUCAGCUCCUGGUGCAGGGCGAGGAGACCCCGCAGAGCGGCCUCUGGGAAGCAAUCGAAGAGCAACGGAACUUGCUCACGUUGGCUGCUGCCGGCCUUGCUGAUGCCUACGGAAAGCCGGCGCAAUGGGUUGCUACACAAAUAUACAUGGGUGUCAAGGAUGCUCCGAAGCCAAGGGCCAAUGGCUUCACGAUGUUCGUGAAACACACGCACCAGUCGCUCGUUGAAGAAGGGCGCGAGUUACCACGCGGCUCCCAGUUGAUGGUUGAAGUCACGAAGGUCGCCUCGGAGCGAUGGAAGGCCAUCCCCACCUCGGAGAAGAUCGAUUGGCUACAGAAGGCACGAGACGCCCAGCAGGAAGCCAGCGACAAUACCAAGAAGCCCAUUAAGCGGGUCCGGGAUGAACACAUCGCGAACUCCAUUGAGGUCGCGUGUCGACGAAAGGUGCAGCCUGUCCUUGCAGAGCUGUCGCAGACGACCGGGUGCCACGCUCUCUAUAUCGUGACACGGAACUCUGUCACUGAUCAGUAUGCACCGCGCAACUUCUGUUCUGACCGCCUCAAUGAGGCAUGCACCAAACUAUUUAAAUUCAACCUAGAGGAGAUCAUGCUCCGCCUCGACGCUUAUGUGGCAGGUGGAUUAGCGGAGGUAGCCCGCAUCACCGGUGAGCGACGCAACGUCGCAUUGCGAAGGCUCAUUCGCGAGCAAGUCCUAUCGAAGCUUUGUGCCUCGAUCAAAGGUCGCCUCAACAUCCCCCCCGAGGAGCUACCCACCAACAUGGAGUGGGUCGACUACGACAACCUCUGCUUGAGGUACCGGACCGAGCUUGUGGGCUUCCCGGGUGGCGAGGUCAAGAACCCGAACAAGAUCGGCUCCGUCAACCUGCUUGCCGAGAUUGAGGCCGCCCUCCGAACGGGCAACUGCUUCUGGCGCGCGCUCACGGAUGAGGAAUGGGAGGCCCGGAGGAAGGCCGAGGAUGAGCGGCUGCUCUCCGGGCAGAAGCGCACGUGCAAGAGAAAGCGGGCGAACACGACAUACCCACCGCCAUCCGGCUCUUCUCAGUCUGUAUUGCCGUCGCCGUCGCCAACGCCGCCGCCUUCAUCAAGUCCCUUUGUGUCCGCCCAGUUACCAUCUUCCCAGCAGAUCUCUCCGACGGCACUGCCGCCGUCGCCAUUGUCGACUCCUUCACCUAUCAUGCAUGAUUAUAACAUCUCCUCAGGCUCUUCAGAUCUCGCACUUGGGUAUGGUUUUCAUGAUGACUCCGUCCCCUUGCAUACACCCCUUUCUUCUGGUUCCGUUACACCGUUUACUGAGUCUCCCUCCUGGUCAUAUUCCCAACCACCUGACUUACUCUCCUCAUCAUCAUAUGAGCUUUUCUCUACUAAUACUACUUUACCUGCGCCUGGCGACUUGGAUAACUCUUCUACUUAUUGGACUGAUAUGUUGUAUGACUAG